AUGGCCUGCAACAGCCUCUGCCGUCCCUGCGGACCCACCCCGCUGGCCAACAGCUGCAACGAGCCCUGUGCCCUGCAAUGCCAGGAUUCCCGCGUCAUCAUCAACCCUUCCCCUGUGCUGGUCACCCUGCCAGGACCCAUCAUGACCUCCUUCCCCCAGAACACCGCCGUCGGAUCCACCUCCUCCGCUGCCGUGGGCACUGAGCUCAGUGUGCAGGGACAGCCCAUCUCUGGGGAUUUGGUGGCUUUGGUGGCUUUGGCUAUGGCCGUGGAUUUGGCUAUGGGCUGGGAGGCCUGGGCUGCUAUGGCAGAAGGGGCUAUGGAAACAUCUGCUAAGGGCCCUCAGCACCAGCCCUGA